ACUACCUUCCCCGCACAGCCACUCUCCCCAAAACUAUCGCGAAUAUCCGGAUAUGGAAAAGCUGCUUGAACACCAACCCGCCAACCUGCCCAAAUGAACUUGAUGUUUACAUUCUACGUUUAAGAGCUUGGAUCAUGGCAUCACCCUGGUGUGAUGGGGUGCGUUGUAAUGGAGACCUCAAUGUCAAUGUCGAAGGCAGGGUUCUCUCACCACUACCGCUGCCCUGAUUGAUCACUGUUAUGUGUGAUUGAGGACGGCGCCAGGGAGUACGUCUAUAAAGGACGGGUCACUCGCCACCGUCGGCCGCUUCUAUCACACUGCACAACACGAGACCUAUCUCCUACCUUCUCUGUCACUCGCUCUACAUACACUCGUUGAAUACAUUGUCAGACAUACUUCGUCAACAUGCGUGCCAUCAUCGUCUCAGUUCUCGCAUUCGCCGUUGCGGCCUCCGCCCUAGGCCGUGCAGUGGUGGUAAACAACACCCCCGAAACCUUCUACCUCUGGUCCGUCGGCGACGAAACCGGGAAGCAAGUAGAGGUCCCUCCAGGCGACAUCUGGCACGAAGAAUUCCACAAAGGCAGCGUCAAUCCUGGCGUCGCCAUCAAAAUCACCAAAGAAGAAGGCGGGCUAUCGCUCGGCGCCCCAACGCAGAUCUUUGGAUAUGCUCUCGAUGGCGAUAAGGUCUGGUACAGUUUGGAUGCGGUGAACGGCGAGCCGUUCGCCGGACAGAGGCUGGAGCUUAUCAGCAGUGGUGGAGAUAUCCAGUGGCCGGAAGGAGUCAAUACCGGGAAUGCAACGAAGGAUACUAGCAGCAACGAGGAUGUCGUAUUCACUGUUGGUGGAGGGGCUUGAGGGUGACGAAAGGGAAUGGACAUGA